AUGCAGGCCUUUGUUUUGCAUGUAUUUGGCCUCAUGUCAGUCUUUUGGAAUGCAGCUAUCGCCCAUUGCUUCUACCGGCGGAUCGUGUAUAGAGACAGCGAAGCACGACUAAAAAGCAGAUUUAAGCUGUAUGUGUUGUUGGCGUUUGUACCCGCUGUGACGUGUAGUAUCGCGCUCUACGUCGCCAGAUUGUUUGGGGAUGCUACAUUCUACUGCUGGGUCGAGUCGCGCGCCAAGCGGCUUUGGUCCUUCUACCUCUUUGUUAUACUAGCAAUUCUCUAUAUCUCCGUCAUUCUUUGGGUCACGCAUAAUCGCAUGACACGCGACUUUCGUCAUGCCAACUUAGAAGCACAAGAGUCGUGGGCGAUCAUUACGUCCAAGCUACGAAUAUACAUCGCCACCUUUGUCGUACUUUGGACCCCUAGUACAGUUUUUCGACUAUUUGACGACGAAUUGGGCUCGGCAAGAUUUGCGGUGGCACUUCUAAUGCAGGUGACCGUUUGCACACAAGGCUUGGCAACUGCUAUCAUCUAUGGAGGCUUACUCACAAAGCUCAAUCGAAUUAUCGUGUGCAAUUCGUCGGUCUCGUCAACGCUCAACAUUAUCCUUGCCAAGUGGAUUCCGCUUGGACAUGACAUUUACGUUAUUGGAUUGCAGGAGUGUCUGCAUCUGACGCAUACUCGCAGUUUAAUUUGCCAGCACCUGGAGGGUGGACGUCCUGAACCAGCAACUACAGGACCUAUUCGUAAGGCAUCGAAGUUUUACCAAUAUCACCGCGAAAUUGGUAGCAAGAAUACGUCAUUGGGCUAUCAUGGACACAUUGCAAUAACAGUACUAAUCAAAUCAAUCGAUGUGGAUAGCGGCGCUUUCUACAUGCCACCUGUAGUACAACAAGAAGUUAAUGUUGGAAAAUCGCUGGUCCUCGGUCGUGCUUCAAACAAAGGCGCUGUUGGCUUUGCAUUCCGAUAUUUUGACACCUCGUUUGCUUUUGUCGGAUGUCAUUUGUCGUCGGAUCCCAAGGGAAAAUCAAACGUACGACGGCGGAAUCGCGACUCGCAAGAUAUUUUGAAAGAGCUGCACUUAAAUUUAGAAGACGUGGGCUUUGAGUUUCCGUACGUGCACCACCACAGCUUCGUUCUAGGUGAUCUAAAUUAUAGAUUGACUCAGCGCCAAGCAACGACUGACACUAUAUUAGAGCUCAUAACGAAAGUACGACAGUGUGAAACCGCACAUCCUGCGCCAAUGAAGCAAACUCGCAGCUUGCGUCGAGGGCUUUUGGGAAAACGGUGGAGUCCCAUGAAAUGUUAUGGCUUUAGCAGUUCGCUCGGCCUUGGAAGUUCGGGUAGCAGCGACAGAGACAGCAAUGACCUUGAUGUAAGUAUGUUGGAGCGCAAUGUCAAAAGCACCUCGUCCGUGUUUGCUUCGUCGAAUGGUAGCAGCGGUAGCGCUCAAUUUUCCGCUGACUGUGAGCUUGUGGACGACGAUUGCUUCGUAUGGGAUGAUGUGCUUGCUCACGAUGAGCUGCGUACAGGUAUGCAAGACGGACAGAUUUUUUACGGCUUCAGAGAGGCUAAAAUUGCGUUUCCACCUACAUUCCGACGUGUGCGUGGGACAGCGUUAAACUUGAAUACUUGUAAUUGGCGUUUUGAGGACUUAAGGAAGUGUUACACGACUGCCGUCGAAGGUCAUGGCUUGCGCAUUCCAUCUUACACGGAUCGUAUACUCUACUUUUCCCAAGCAGAUAUGCGCCACCGACUACGAUGUGUUGUGUAUGCUUCAUGUGAAGACGUGGAUUGCUCGGAUCAUAAGCCGGUGCUCGCAGUAUUCCAAGCUCUUGUCAACCGUGACUUUUUACCCGUUGAGAUUGAAUUGGCCAACAAAAUGCUCCAGCGCAUGCAGGAUGUUAGCGGAGUGCUCGAAUGUCAGCUUCAAUUAAACUUUGCCAGUAUUUCAUGGCAACCACGUACAGCAACUGACUUUUCUAAUGCUUCUAAAAGCAACUCAAUCGAUCUGGAUCGGCGGUUUUCGACUUUGGAUCGUCAUGCACACCAAGCUGUAGUCACUAUUGUCUUUCCAUUACCAUCGGAAGACAUUUUUUCAGCUCAGCGCAAACUCUUGGAGCUUGCAGACUCGAUGAGUGGUGGUGUGUAUUUUGAAAAUACCGAUCGUCUGUUAUGUAAGACGAACGUAGCUCACGUCAAGUGGUCGGACUUCGUGCGCAAUGGAAUCAGACAUGGUACGUUCGCGCGACCAACAGGUAACAUGCAUGUAGCCAUCAAGGUGCAUGCUGGCGCUCAAGGACCAUGUUUUGGUCAAGGCGUCAUCUGCAUUCCCCAACCUUCGAAUGAUGGUAGCGAUGAUUCGCGUGACGGAAGAGACAAUUUUGUCGUACAACUGGCCAAUGGUGGACAACACACUGGUACCAUGUCGGGCUCGGUUAGUUUGCAGCUUAAGAAACGUGCAAGCGACGUUUAA